GGGAUCGGCGGCUCUCCGCGGUCGCGGUGCUGCACGGAAACCCUACGCGAGGUUUUUGCUCCAUCGCUCUCUGCCUGCAACCGAUUUACGACGGUUCUAAGUCUUUUUCCAGUGUAGCGGCGGGCGGCGGCGACAGCAGAGGACAUGGUGAGGCUGACGGCGGACUUGAUAUGGAAGAGUCCGCACUUCUUCAAUGUCAUCAAAGAGCGCGAGCUCGAUCUGCGCGGUAAUAAGAUCGCGGUCAUCGAGAACCUUGGUGCUACGGAGGACCAGUUUGACACCAUUGAUUUAUCUGACAAUGAGAUUGUGAAGCUUGAAAAUUUUCCCUACUUAAAUCGUCUUGGUACUCUGUUGAUCAACAAUAACCGCAUCACUCGUAUCAAUCUGAAUCUUGGAGAAUUCUUACCAAAACUGCACACACUGGUUCUCACUAAUAAUCGGUUGGUAAACCUGGUGGAGAUUGAUCCUCUAGUAUCUCUUCCAAAGCUGCAAUUUCUUAGCUUACUGGAUAAUAAUAUUACAAAGAAGCCAAAUUACCGACUGUAUGUGAUUCACAGACUCAAAAAGUUGCGUUUGCUUGAUUUCAGGAAAGUGAAACAGAAGGAGAGGACUGAAGCAGAAAGGCUGUUUGCAUCAAAAGAAGCUGAAGAGGAAGCAAAGAAAGUAGUAAUUCCAAAGACAUUCACGCCGGUUGAGGUUCCAACUGAACCAAAUGUUUCACAAUUAGAGCAGCCUCCUAAAGUCACCCCCACUCUGGAGCAAAUUACUGCUAUUAAGGCUGCGAUCAUCAAUUCUCAAACUCUUGAAGAAGUUGCUAGGCUUGAAAAGGCACUAAAGUUAGGUCAAAUUCCUGAAGAAUUUAUGAAUUUGGGAAAGGAGACAAAUGCGUCGGAAGAUAUGGUAGUUGAUACAGUGAAAGUAGAUGACCAGAAUGAAGGAAACGAAGUUCAAGAUAAUGACCAGAACGAAGAUGUUCAGCCAAUCGAACAGGACUAGCAGCUGAUACUACAACUGUGAAAGGGGUCUAUUGCUAAUCCUUUAGUGUUAUCGUCCAACUGUUUGAAGCUACAAAUGGGCAACUGAGUGUAAAAGCAAUUGCUGAGCUAAUUCCUAUUCAUGCGUUACCAAGCAACAAAGUGUUUGAAGCCUGCUUCAUGCAUUUCUAUUCUACUUCAUCAGGAAGAGAAAAAAAACACCCUUUUGUUAACAAAGUUAGUUUCUGUAAAAGAUAUAAUUCUGUAUUAAUCCAUCCAAUGAAUGUCAAAACUGUGUUUGUUCUGUUGAGGAAAAUUAACCUGCCAGCCUCGGAUGAUUUAUCUA